GUUGGCUCGGACCACGGAACCAAACAAAUUGGCUGCCAUCCAAAGUUCCAAAUGCACUCCAACCCCGCCGGUCAACGCCAAUAUUUUUGGUGGGGCGCCUGCUUGCUGCCAUCCAAACAGCCCCCAAAUCCGCGCGCCUCUCACAUCCCAGACCGCUGCUGAGCCUGGCCGACAUGGCCACCGCCUCGCUCGCCGUCCGCUCGGCCUUCGGUGUCGCCCUGGCCGCCUUGAUCGCGGCGCGUGCCGUCCGGCGGCGUUCGCUGGACGCCUCCGGCGGAGCUGCUGGGUUCGCCGUGAUGGCGCUCCACCUUGCCUGCGGCUAUAGGUACGGUGCGCUGCUGCUGGCUUUCUUCUUCACCUCGUCCAAGGUGACCAAGAUCGGCGAGGACCGCAAGCGGCGCGUUGAGGAGGAUUUCAAGGAGGGUGGCCAGCGCAACUGGAUCCAAGUUCUUGCAAAUAGUGCAAUAGCAACUGUAUUGGUUAUCCUAUUGGCGAUAAUGACUGGGGGUCAAGAUCAAUGCUUGGACUCAAAUGGUUCAAAGGUUAUAACUGGUAUAAUAGGUGCUAUUAUUGGCCAUUAUUGCUGCUGCAAUGGAGACACUUGGUCAUCUGAAAUCGGUGUGCUUAGUGAUGAACAACCAAGGCUUGUCACUACCCUGAAGCCUGUCAGGAAAGGUACAAAUGGUGGAGUGACCUUACAAGGACUUCUUGCUGCCACAGCAGGUGGUCUAACCAUUGGUCUGACUUUUGUUGCUGUUGGACUGAUGACAGCUGAAUGUUCUUUUGAUAUGUUGUUUCAACAGCUCCUAGUAAUACCUAUCUCUGCUGCUGCUGGUUUGCUUGGGAGUCUAAUUGAUUCAUUGCUGGGUGCCACACUUCAGUUCAGCGGAUACUGCAGUGUUCGGAACAAGGUGGUCAGUAAACGGGGACCUACUGUCACCAAGAUUUCUGGAAUGACUAUCCUGGAUAAUGAUGCUGUUAAUGCAGUGUCUGUGCUGCUAACAUCGGUGAUUACAGCUUAUGCCUGCAUUUUCUUCUUCUAGAAGCAAAGGUUUGGUUGCCUUUUUCGCCUGUCCCCAAUGCGCAGUGAUGUGUAAUGUGAAUAUUCCAAGGACAGAAUGACUGAUGUUUACUUCAAGCAAGAUGAACAAUGAAGUAUUGGAAAUCUUUGGCUAUUUGCUGGGCACAAUUGACGAGCCUGAUGACGUUUGCUCCAGGCAGCUAGUUUGGUAAUAGUGCAAGUUGGGAAAUUUCAAAUUGUUUUAAGCAAGAAAAAGCUGUGCUGUAAUGCGGAAUUGACAAUUAUGGUUUUUUUGAAACCUAUCUGUGUCGAAGAAAGUAUCUAGUUCGCCGUUUUAGACCACAAUCCAACAAUUAUCCCCUUGCCAAAUUAUAGUUAAGUUUUGUCUGAAGUCAAAUUUUGUGAACUCUGACCAAUUUUAUAUUAUAGAGAAAUAUAUGAGCAUUUACAAUA